AUGGUAGAUAAUACUAAUAACACCCUUGAUAGUAUUUCACUUGAUAUCUCCCAGUAUAAACAUCUAAAACCAACGCAUCCCCGUGAAUUUCCUGUAAAAAAUACAAGUCAAAAUGGUUUUUUCAUUUAUCGUAACAUUAUGGUGAAAUUGAAUAACGAGCAAGAACAACGACAACAAUGUGAUAUGCCAACGUUAUCAAAGAUCGCUUCUAAAUUUUGGAAAGAAGAACCAAACCAAGUCAAAGAAGAAUACAAACGACUGGCCAAGGAAGUAAAUGAGUCUCUUCAUAUACCACCUUUAGCGGUUGAGUUCUGCGAAGGCAUGCAUUUCAAUGAAUAUCUACCAAUGUCAAUUCCUCCGGAUGAUAAUAUCAUAUCCGGAACAUGUUUUCUUCCGCCGGGUUUUAAUGCGUCAAUGCCAUAUUUUUACCCAUUUCAUUUUAGUUCAAACCAGAUAAAAGAAACUUCAAUUUCAUGUAAUUUAGAUCAUUUUAGCUUUUCUAAUUCUAUAGAGAAUUCAUCAUCAAAUAUUUCAGGAAAUAGUAAUACCAAUAAUCAUAUAGGGAAUUUAUCAUCAAACGUUUCAGAAAAUAGCAAUACUAAUAAGUAUAUAGAAAAUUUAUCAUCAAAAGGUUCAGGAAAUAACAAUCAUUUGAAAUCUUGCGAUUGUGAAUGCCAAUCCUGUAAGAAUCGAAUACAAAGCUUAGAGGAUCAAAUACAAAACCUAAAUAAUCGAAUACAAAGCUUAGAAAAUCGUAAAUAG